AUACGUGGUUGGUGGUGCCCUCAUCGAUCCCGUCAGUGGCAAAUAACAUUCUGCCAGCGAUCCUCAACGCUCUUCGAAAAAAAGCACAACAUCUGGGUCAUCACGGAUCUCUUCUGCGGAGCCGUGCUCUAUCAUAACCUUCCAAAAUGAAAGGACUAAAGAAAUCUUUCCUCAACAGGAAGAGUUCUCAAGAUUCAAGCUCUUCAAAAAACAAGGAUUCCAAGUCUAACAACACACCAGCUGCAGCGCCUCCUCCACCUCCUCCCAAUACCGCGAAGCCUCUUCCUCAGCCCGUUCCUGCAGUUGGGGGUCAAUCCAGCAGCAUUCCACCAUCCUCUUCCGUCCCUUCUCCUGCUGCUUCUCCUGCCACUCCUGAUCGUAGGUUUGCCUCGUCAGGUAACUCAUCUCCUAUUCCACCCAUAGUCGUCGUUAGCUCCGACACACCCUCAGACUUAGGUGGUGGCAGAUCUGGCCAAUAUGGCUCUCCCGAGCGAACAUCGUUAAAUUUGGACCAUGGUGGUAAUGCUACUCCUCCACGCGCAAAUACCUUGAAUCGACUUCGCUCGGGUCCAAGAGAUACGAUUCCUAUCGUGGGUAAACCUCCCCGCAAACAGAGGAGCAGCCGCUUUGUCGUCACCGAAAAAGUAGACAUCGAACGCUUGCCUCCUUUCGCAGAGACUCCCCCCAGCGAGCGGUCGCAAUUGUUUAUAAAGAAACUUCAUCAAUGUCGCGUAUUAUUCGACUUCAAUGAUGCUAGUGCAGAGCUUAAAGGUAAACAGAUAAAAGCUCAGACUCUCCACGAGAUGUUGGAUUAUAUCACCACCCAACGUGGGGUGAUUACUGAGAACAUAUACCCUGAGGUUGUGAACAUGUUUGCUACCAACCUCUUCCGUUCCAUACCACCUCCCGUAAACCCUACUGGAGAUGCUUUCGAUCCAGAGGAGGACGAGCCUGUUCUUGAAUUGGCAUGGCCUCACCUGCAGAUCGUUUACGAAUUUUUCUUAAGAUUUGUUGAAAGUCCCGACUUCAACACCAACUUAGCGAAGCGAUAUAUCGACCAACCAUUCGUCCUGAACCUCCUAGAACUCUUUGACUCCGAAGAUCCACGAGAGCGCGACUUCCUCAAGACCACGCUGCAUCGGAUUUACGGCAAGUUCCUCAAUCUGCGUGCGUUCAUCCGUCGUUCCAUCAACAAUGUCUUCUAUCAUUUCGUCUACGAGACCGAACGGCACAAUGGCAUUGCAGAGCUGCUGGAGAUCUUAGGGUCCAUUAUCAAUGGAUUUGCGCUACCCCUCAAAGAUGAACACAAGACAUUCCUGACUCGGGUUCUUAUUCCGCUUCACAAAGUGAAAAGUCUUUCACUGUAUCACCCCCAGCUCGCAUAUUGCGUAGUUCAGUUCCUGGAAAAAGAUCCUUCGCUGGCGGAGGAAGUGAUGCUAGGUUUACUCAAAUACUGGCCGAAAGUGAACUCGCCGAAGGAAGUUAUGUUCCUCAAUGAAGUCGAGGAAGUGUUGGACGUCACCGACCCCGUGGAAUUCCAGAAAAUCCAGACCUCGCUGUUCCAACAACUUGCCCGAUGCAUUAAUAGUCAGCAUUUCCAAGUGGCGGAGCGUGCCUUACUAUACUGGAACAAUGAGUAUGUUGUCAAUCUGAUGAGCGACAAUCUAGCUAUAAUUUUGCCAAUUGUGUUCCCUGCCUUAUACACUAACUCCAAGUCGCAUUGGAACCGAACAAUACAUGGAAUGGUAUACAAUGCGCUGAAAUUAUUUAUGGAGAUAAACCCCGACCUUUUUGACGAGACGACGCAACACUAUAAGCAACGCAAGAUUGAAGAACAACAACACGCAGUUGAUCGAUAUGAUCAGUGGCAGAAGAUGCGAGAGAAGGCGAUAGAGAAUGCCGGGGGUAAGCUGCCUCAAGGAUUUGUGGAGAUCGAGCAUGCGCCGCCUCCACCACCCUCUGCCGCAGACGACUCGGAUAUUCUGGAACUGUCGAUGGAGCUGAAUGCUGUGUCAAUCGAUGGAGAGGUGCCUGGAGAUUUGGAUGAAAGUGGGAUCGAGAGAGUUCCAAUGGCUGAUCCUGGUCUAGAUCGCCCAUUCCCCGAGGUUUCGGGUGAGCACUCUCCAGUAUCACAGAGUCCUCACGUGCGAAGGAAGAGUGUACUCCCUGUGGACCCUUCUGUCAUUCGUGAUCUUCAAGCCCAUCGAAGUCUAGAUGAUGCGGUUGUUUCAGGAGGAGUGCGCACCAAUGGGGCCUGAAGAUGAAAUCGAUGAAACGUGAUGAGCUGUCUUUGCUUUUCGUGUGUUAAUAGUUCCCAGUGCGAAGAUACAUUCAUGAUAAUUCAUAACGUCCGGCUAUCCUUUACUUUCCAUCCGCUGCGCGCCUGUUGUUUUUCAUGAUAGUGGUUAUGCUCUUAGUUACGUUCACUUGCCUACGCUUCUUCGAGGAGUAUGUAUUUUCAAGUUCCAAAGGAUACGUAUACAACUGGAUGCGUAUCAUUUCUGUCUCGUUUUAUUUCCCGUACAGUAAACAUCUCCGUUAGAAGAAUACUUUGGACAUCAGCCCUAUAUAUCUGCAACAUACCAGUCCUUUCUCAUGCGUU